UGCGAGUGAAGAGCAAGAAGAGAAACAGGUUGUACAGAUACAGAUGGAGAUGGAGAGACGGAGAAAAAGGGAAGGCGGCAGAGAAAUGCACCAAAUCUUUAGCUGUUUUAUCUCUGGUCCUUGGGAUUGUGGGAGGCUUUAUUUUACUACUGAUUUGACCUACACUGUUUUCUCAAUUUCUAGUUUUCUACAAAGAUAGUGCGUUUCACGUAUUCAAAUUAAAAUUUAAAACAGACCCCACAAUAAAUAUUACUUUUACAAGGAGAAAAGGGACGCUCCCCACGCAGCUGAGAGCCUGGCUGGCUGCAUUUCGGCUUCUCAGGUGCCAAGCCUGCUCGUGUCCCGGGGUCCCAGCCAGGGGCUUGCGCAUCCUGCCUCUCGCGCCGCCAGCCUGGUUGCCAUGGAGAUAAACCUUGCGGCGCUAGACUACCAAGCCGCCGGCCGGCCAGGGAACUGUAAUCUAGCGAGUCAGCCUCUGCAACAGGCUGGGGGCGGAAGGAGGAGCCAGGGGAAGCUGCGCCUCGGCUGAGAGGCCCCGCGGACCCUGCAGAGGCCCCCCUGCCCCUCUGGCUCCGCCCCCGCCCAGGGCUGUAGAAAUACAGCCGCAGCCGAGACCACCGCCCACUGCGCCCCGACCCAGAGCCAGCUGACCCACCUGCCUGCGCUCCUCCCCAUGGCUGACGAACUCUUUCAGCGCAGACCCUGGGGUCCCGAGCAGAUUCGCCCUGACCCCGAGUCCGAAGGCCUGUUUGACAAGCCUCCCCCGGAGGACCCUCCCGCUGCCCGCGCGCCCAGGUCUGCGUCGGCCGCGGGCAAGAAGGCUGGUCGGCGCGUGGGCGGGAGGACACAGGGGGGCCGCGCCGGGCAGCCCCCAAAGGCCGCAGCGCGCCCCCCGCCCAAGGAAGAGGCGCCUCCACUAGACGAGGGCUGCUAUCUCGACCAUUUUCCGCACCUCUCCAUCUUCAUCUACGCGGCCAUCGCCUUCUCCAUCACCUCCUGCAUCUUUACCUAUAUCCAUUUACAGCUUGCCUAAGUGGCCAGCGCGGGACGUGGUGGGUGCAGGACCAGGCGUGGAGGGAAAGGGAAAACGGCUCAGCAUUUUGUGUUUUGGAACAGCGCCGCACCCCCUUCAUGUAGCUUUCCAUGCUUGUUUCUUUCCUUUGUUGUCACUAUCUUUGUCAGUAGGAAGGUACAAAGUAGCUGCCGGCAAUGAAAUAAAGGUACUAUUUGCAACUGCAGGUGAGGGAUAGUGACGUUUAAAAUUCUGGGGUGUGAUUGAACCCCGUUUAUAAUUAGGAGAAUGUCCCUGAACCCCCACCACUCUGUGACGUGGGGGCACGCGCAGGGAUCCCAUCAUUUUGUGUUUGGGAAGCUCAGAGUGCUCCCAAUCUUGGAUUCUUUAAGGGAUGAGCCAGACCCAGACCCGCAGCCUUCUAGUGAGGGCCCUGCUGGGAGGGUCGGCGCCCUGGCCCGGGCUGGGCCGGAGCCCUGUGAUGCUGCGUCGCCCCCAGGAGGAGGCAGCUGUGUCCCGGAGUUGGUGCGGCCGAGAGAGGACGAGAGUGUGCCCCUGGCGUAGCUGGAGCGCGGGACUCGACUUUGUUGUGGCUGCCCUGAGAGUCAUAGCCGGAGGAGCUGUCUUACCAGGAGACUACGCUCUGAAAGUGUCCAGGACUCGUGGGACCCGUGGCUGCAGACGCCACCGGGACGCUGGCGCACUCCCCAGGAUGAGACUCCGGGGGCCUUAGGGGUCUACGGGAGGGCUGUCCUUGGGGACUCUAGGAUGGCUUCGUCCUGGCCCAGAGCCCUUCUGUAGCUGUGGGACCCAAGACAAAAGGGGAUGAGGGAUUUGUCACUGACAGAGUUCAUGUGGGAAAACCACCUGACCCCUAGGGGUUUGUCAUCUUAGACUCAAAAGGCUUAAUACCAGAAACCACCUUGGCAAGCUAUUUAUCCAUCGGCCAUCUCUGUUUACUCAUGAAUGUUAAAUGUCAAAACGCAGUGCUCUAACCCUGCAUAUCCUUUACUUGCAAAUGUCUGUAAUUGUGAGCCCUCUGAUGGAAUAAAUGAUCUCUUUUGCAGCCUCCUCUA